AUGGGAUUCCCUAUGCACGUUAAAAGGAGGACAACAUUGAUGAAAGUCAAGUGGAAUAAACCAGAUAGAGGAUGGAUCAAAAUUAACACUGAUGGAGCAAGCAAAGGUAACCCAGGGCCAGCUAGUGCGGGAGGCAUUGCUAGGGACGAGAGAGGAGCAGCAAUUUUCGGCUUCUAUGAGUUCAUUGGAGAAGCAACUAAUGUGUAUGCAGAAGUGUACGGUCUUUUUAAAGCUCUCCAAAUCUAUCAAACGGAAAAUUUGAAUCGCAUUUGGAUUGAGAUGGAUGCCAUCAAUACCAUUCGUCUGAUUAAGGAACCCUCUAAAGCUACUGCUGCUUUCUCUUCUGCUGCAGCUGCGGCUGCUUUCUUUUCUGCUGCUGUUGCUGCGGCUGCUUUCUCUUCUGCUGCUGAAAUGGAGUGGACAGAAAAUGAAAGCAAACCCACAGCUACGCUGGCUGCAGCGGCCAAUUCUGCUGCGUUUGACGCUACCCUACACCCUACACCCUACACCCUAAACCCUAAACCACGAGGUGACGCAGGCGCGGUGCCGGGGGUGGCAUCGAGCGGCGGCGGCCAAGGAGGGGAAGCCACUCUAAAAAACGGCAUUAACGCGUCGCAUGUGAAUUCCUUCCGUAUUUCUGCGGUAAUCGAUUGUUUAGCGCUUCAUGUACGCAGCCACCACAAGGGUGACGCCGUUGAGUUCUUAAACCUAUGCCUUUCCCUCGCUAGAGGUAUUGAUUUUGCCAUUGCAAACCAUGAGGUUCCAAGUAGAGCUGAAGAGUUGCCUUCACUAGUAAAGCAGGUGUGCCAAUGUAAAAAUGAUACCCUCCUUCUAGCAGCUAUUACGGUCCUGAUGAUUUCCAUUAAGAAUGCUUGCCAAAGUGGGUGGUUCCCAGAUAGAGAUUCUGAAGAGCUCAUAAAUUUGACAAAGGAGAUCGCAAACAAUUUUGGUAGCGUAUCGCAUUUUAAUGUUGAGCCAGUCUGUUCUGUUUCUGUUAUCUCAACAAUCAUGUCAAGAUUCUAUCCAAGAAUGAAAAUGGGACAUAUGUAUGUUUUUCUCGAAGUCAAGCCUGGAUUUGAUGCUUAUAUGAGUGAUUUCCAUUCAAAGAAUCUAAUGUCUUCUCCAGGGGACAAGAUAAGGUUAUUUGUUGCUCAAACCUACAGUAUUGAGACAUCUUACUGCCUCAUUAGCCCCCCCAAAGUGAACUUUCUCUUGAACGGAAAGGCGGUGGAGAGGAGGAGUAGUCUUGUCAUGGAUACUGGUCCACAGAUACCAACAGCAGUUACACAUUUGCUGAAAUAUGGGUUGAAUCUCCUUCAGGCUGUGGGGGAAUUUAAUGGAAACUAUUUGGUUGUAGUUGCUGUCAUGAGUGAGAUGCCAAAAGCUGAUAGUAAUGCACUUCAAGAUUAUGAGCAGCAUGCUCCUUCAACUGUGGAUUCAGAUUUUGAAAUAAUUGAGGAGCCAUCACGGAUAUCACUGAAUUGCCCUAUUAGCAUCAGGCGUAUCAGAACUCCUGUCAAAGGACAUUCUUGCAAGCAUAUUCAGUGUUUUGAUUUUGAUAACUAUGUGGACAUAAAUUCAAGAAGACCCUCCUGGCGCUGUCCGCACUGUAAUCAACAUGUCUGCUUUGCUGAUAUUCGUAUUGACCAAAAAAUGGUGAAGGUACUGAAAGAAGUUGAAGCAAAUGUCUCCGACAUAGUUUUCUCCUCAGACGGGUCAUGGCAAGCUGUUAAGAACAGUGAUGCUGCGAUUUAGAAACCAGAGAAGAAGACCUCUAUCACUAAAAACAAUGACUCUCUAGAGCCUGUGGAUGUAUUGGAUCUCACUCAGACUGAUGAUGCAAUGGAUAAUACCAUCACUUGUGAAACCGAAGACAGAAAACUUUCGCAAACUGCUUGUCAAAGUCAAUCUGUGACGCAGACUAUGGCAGUCAACCCCAUUAUUGCCAACACAAAUUAUGUUAAUACAAGUAGCACUGAUGUUGAGUAUGACUUUUGGUCUGGAGUUUAUUUAUCAACCUUUGGACUGGCGUCAUCAAAUUUUCCAUCGAGUGAACUGCUUGCUGCCGUUUCUGUCUCCACUUCAAAUUUUAUUGCAUCACCUCCUGGUUUGACUGAUUCCUUUGUUAGUCCAAAUGGAGAAGUUGAGGCUUUCCCUGGUAAUUCUUUAAUGCCCGCCUUUGUGCCGCAAAGUGAAGCCUCUUUGCCAAAUACAUCACAAUUGCAGCAGUGUCAAUUUGGAAAUGCAACUAUUACUAAUGAGUACAGGAGGCUCCAAUCCAUACUGAGGCAUAUAACCAGAAUACCAAGUGCAGUUCAGGCCCUUCCUGCUCAAGCCUCAAGUUCUGUCCUUCAACAAAUGUCUAGAGAUAAUGUCAAUGCUCUUAUCCAUAAUGGCUUUUCAGCAGCUUCACAAGCCUCACCUGCUUCACCAAUGAUCUCCAACCCAGUGCUUCAUCCAAAUCCGCUUCAGCUGUCACAGAUGUCUUCCUCACCAUUACAUCACUAUCCUCGUAUACAGCAAACUCGUCCAUUUCCCUAUGUUUCACCGCCACAGCAAAACAUCAACUUUCAGGCCUCACGUCAGGUCCCAAACGCCCCGAGAGUCUUGAACCAAAGAUCAAGUCAGCAGAUAACGAACUUCAUGAUGCCUCGAUCAAUGAGCCAAUCUCUGGACAUGAACAUAUCAUCAAUCCAAUCACCUGCCAGCUUGUUGCGGACCCAAAGCGAUGUGGGAGUUUCACAAGACAGAAUUGUUCAUACAACAGAAUUAGUCAGUGGUCAACACCCUCCUAGAACCGCGCUUGCUGAAGGCUUCCCACAAUGAAAAGGAACUGGUAGACACUCCUGGAAAAUCUGUUGAACAGGAAAGUUCAAACCUAGAACCAAAGAAGAAAGUUCAUGAUGCAUGGAAAAAUGCUGCGGAAGUGAGACUGUGAGAGACAGGAAGAAGGAAAGAGAUGCUGAUGUAGAACCAGAAAGAC